CUGCUCCGCUCUCACGGCCGCUGCCCGGCCGAGCCGGGGGCUGCAGCGGGCGGGUUCCACGCUGGGGAGAGGGAGAAGAGGAGCGGGCAGAGCUGCGGCCCUGCCCGGACCCCGUUCGGCCCGGCCCGCAUCUGAGGGGAGUUAAUUAACUGCCGCUGGAAGCAUCCUGGCUGAGUUUCUUGGAGGGCUGCCUUAAAAAUAAAGUUCUUUCCUGGCAAGUUGGAAUGCAGAGGAAGCACCUUUGCUUGGCAAAGUUUCAUGCUUGAGAUAACUACAAAGAGACUUCUUGCUUAUUUGUUAAAAGAUUUCUUCCCAAAAGGAUGGUCCCUUUCAGUUUCCCUCUGUCCAGGUGUGCACUUUGGGACCCAGUCCCCAUGGGCGAUGUCAUUGGCACACACAUCACCUAUUACAGAAACCCCAAAAUAUGUCUGGUGGAGAAAACCUUGCGCCUUGCCUAUCGCCAUGCUAAGCAGAAUGAAAAGAAAUCAUUUUCCUGUUUUCUGCUUGGCACCCUGGCAGUAGAUGAAGAUGGGGAAGGCAUAACGCUGACAGUAGAUCGCUUUGAUCCUGGCCGAGAAGUUGCUGGUGGAUCAGGCAAAAUUCCAACUGCAUCCCUUCCUGGAGACUUCUUGAUUCCAUGUACAGUUAAUGCCUGGGGACCUUGUUCAGAUAAUAUAAUAGUGCACAGUGUUGAAGAUAUCAGCUUGGCUUUCAAGGGUCUGCAGCAGAGUCUGUGCAGUAAAGAAUCUCUGGAUCUUUCUAAACUGCUCACUGUUAGAGCUCACAUUGUUUUCACAGAAAACCUGGAUAAUCUACACUUUAAUUUUUGCUGGGCUUCUCUUACUCUGGCCAAUAUUUUGGAAUACACCCCUGUGAAGUCUGUCCCAAUUAUUCCAACAGCCCUAGCAAGAAAUUUGACCAGUCCUAUGAAUAUUGCACAAGUUCAAGGAACGUACAAGUGUGGCUACCUUACUAUGGACCAAACAAGGAAAUUGCUUUUGCUGCUUGAGUCUGAUCCCAAGGCUUAUGCUCUGCCUUUAGUUGGAGUUUGGCUGAGUGGAGUUACUCAUAUCUAUAGUCCUCAAGUCUGGGCCUGUUGCUUGCGAUAUUUGUUCAGUUCUUCAAUUCAAGAAAGGGUUUUUUCAGAAUCGAGGAGUUUUCUUGUUGUGCUUUAUUCAUUGACACACAAGGAACCAGAGUUUUAUGAAUGUGUUCCAUGCAGUGGGCAGACUGAGCUGGGGUUUCAGAUCCUAACUUGCCAUGAAACAGUUCACCUGUUCAAAAAUGUUGAACCAUCAGACAAGAGCCCUAUCCAGUUUGAGUUGAGUGCAGAAAACCAAAAUGCAGAAACUGAGUUCUUCAGCAGAAUUUGCAAGAAACUUCCAAUUAAAAGUCCUCCCCAAGGCUCUUCACCCAGCAAGUUGUCAGCAAGUGAUCAUGACUCUGGUGUGGAAGAUGAGGAUUUAUCCCCCAGACCAAUUCCAAGUCCUCACCCAGUGAGUCAACAGGUUACCAGAAUUUUUCCUUCAGUGCCAGAGCUGUCACUUAUUUUGGAUGGGAGUUUCAUAGAAUCAGGACAAUCAUCUAAGCCUGUGGGGACUUCAAGUGCUAAAAGUCUGCCCACAGUGCCAAAUCAGCCUAUUAAAAAGAAGUGUUGCAUGAGACCUAUGUGUCAACCCAGCCAGCACUCUGAAGACAGGCAGAACUUUCCUGCUAAUAUGGGAGAUCCCUCUUUGAGACGAUUACCAAAUCCUAUAAACCAGAAAAUUCCACCUUCAAUGCCUUGCAGAGGAAAUCAAGCCCUAUUGCAGCAGCAGGUGCAGUGUAAGAAGGCUUCCCCUCAAUCAAGAAAAAGUUCAGGAUCAUCUUCUCCUUCAACUCCUUGUAGUGGGACUUCCCCAGAUGCAUCUGUGCACCACCCCAGAAAGCCAUUGGAAAAACUUGUAUUAAAUCCUGAGAGUGUCACACCACAGGGAGAGCCUCUGCCUAGGAGAACAUCAGUGUCUGGUUCCAAGCAGCUUCCUGCUGUCACACAGCCAGUCCUCUACAACUCUGCUUUGUCACCACAGAGCUGCAGACAGCCACCAGAUCUGCAGGUGCCAGUUCAAGUGCCACCUUCCUGUCCAGCAUGCAGCUGUCAGUGUCCUGCUUCUCUCCAGUACAAUCCCAUAAACCCAUGGCAAGGAGUUGGGAAAACGAGCCCAAAUCACGGAGCGGAAAUCCAACCGGAGAUGGCUCAGCAAAAUCCUUGUGCAGUGUUCCAUCAAAAUAUUAUUUGCCCAAAUGUUUGCUGCAACCCAGGGUAUGCCACGAGCAGCCCUAUAAAUGUGAGAUAUCCUGGGAAAACAGGGAGCUGCUCUCUUGACAAUGGCUUAUCAGCUGGAAUGAGGAUGGCAUCGAGUGCGAGCCCCUCGAGUGUGCAGUGCUGUGCAGCCCACUCCCAGUGCCUGCACACGCCGGCUCCUGCAGCAGCAUCAGAUAAUGGCAUGAUGGGAUUAUCUCCAGAUGCAUUCCGGCUCCUCACCCAGCAGGACAGGCAACUCAAAUUACUGCAAGCUCAGAUCCAGCGCUUGCUGGAGGCUCAGGCUCGCCAGGAGGGUUCCUCGGAGGCGGCGGUGCAGGCGGAGAAGGCAGGGGAGCUGGUUUCCAUGGAAACUCAGACCUCACCGCCAUCGCACCCCAGGAGAAGCGUGAGCGUUGCCGUGAGCACAGGUGCUAGUUUAUUUUGGAAUACAGACUCAGAAAAACAAGGCAACUCCAUACCACGAGGGAAAAAAGAAGAUGGAGAGAUUUCUAAGGAGGACAUAAACAUUUCAAUUAAUGCUGAACAAGAUGCAAGUAAUACAAGUAUUGCUUCAUCCUUAAGGGCGGUUGACAUGCCCAGCUUUGUAGAGAGUAUUCACCUUGUGGAAGAAGGAGCUAAUCAGAACACUCCCCAAACUGGAAACGUUUCCCAGGCACUUGUUCGUGGCUCAUCCUUGGAAGAAAGUGCCAGUGUGUCUUUACAGAAAGAGCCAUCGGAGGGAGCCAGGAGCCAGGUGGUGGUAACAAGUGAGCAGAGCUCGGAGCCACCCACCCCGCUGCUGCCUCAGCAGCCCUCAGAGGAGCUGAAGCUUUACCAGGACUUACUGGGCCAAGUAAACCACCUCUUAAAGACCUCAGAAGAGCAAGAUCACUUGCCUUUAAAAUCAGGAUUUGUUGUUGAUGAUGGUCCUACAUAUCAGGAUAUUGAUGGUACAGCAGAAGUGGCUUCAGAGACUCACACAGGAGAGGUGGACAAAGAGAGUGUCAUUAGUGCCACACUCAAACAGCUGAGGAGCCUUGGAGUGACAGUGGACUCACCUGGCAGUAUGAAGCAAAAUACACACAAAGUGGACAAUGCCAGCAUCUUGGCGUGCAUAAGCCCUGAAGCAGUGGUGCCUGGGUUAAAUUCCAUGUUACUUGCCAAUGUCAGCAUGUGUCCCAACGUUGUUGAUCUGAGCAUGGAAGCCAACGCCAUAGCCCUGAAGUACCUCAGUGAAAAUCAGUUAUCCCGACUGUCCCUCAGUCACUCAGGCCAGAAUCCUCCCUCAGAUUUCUCCUUCCAAGACAUCCUGCAAACAAAUACGGACAAGAGCAUGGUGGGUCUGAGUUUAAUUUCUCCCAACAACAUGUCCUUUGCAACCAAGAAGUACAUGAAGCGAUAUGGGCUGAUACAGGGCAGUGACAGCAGUGAGGACGAAGAGGAACUGCAGGCUCAAGAUGGCAAUUUUGGCACUGUCAAAAGCAAAAGCAUGCCAGACAAAAACUGUGUCCCUGCAUUGGACAGCUUCAGCCACCAGACUGAAUUACCCAAAAGAGUGGAUGGAAGGCUUCCCAUUCAUCUAAAAAGUCACAACAGAGAGUUGGCUACUAAUGCUUCUCCUCCAGAAUUAAACAGCCCUGUGUUAAGAAACAUUACAAAUGAAAUUUUUCCUCCCAGAACAGAUCAAGCAAAUGAAAACUCACUUCAGUUCCUGAAGGAUUUAAAAUCAAAAACCAGAUUGUUACCUGGGAGGGUUGAAUUCACUGAACAACCUGUCAGGAAAGAUGGAGGAGAUACUCAGGCCUUUCGUGGAAAUCUGCACACUCCAACCCUUGAAAUGUUAAACCAGUCAAACAGCAUCAAUUCUGUUGGCACCAUUCUUGAUGUCAAACAACUCAGGCAAUUACCAAAGCUCUUCUGAACAUCCCUGGAGAUGGCUGCAACCACUGCUUCAAAUCAGAGGGCCCUCUCUGUAAAAGAGUACAGGAAACCACGGAUUGAGCUCUCUUUGAAGAGGUCACUCUGUUGUAGCAGUGUAAAACUUGCAGAACUGAGUUUUCAGCCAGCUCAGGGAGAGGCACCUCAAAGUGCCUGGCUGAGGCAGUGCUGAUCAGCACAGACAUACGUGUGCACUUUUGUUUACAGUUAGGUGUGAUUUUAAAGCAUAUUGAAGGUGAAUCAACCUGAGCCCAAGAUGUACUUUUAAUAUAAUUUUAACAGCGGUGAUUUUUUACUUAAGUGUUCUUUUGUUGACUUUUUAAAAACGGACUUUUCCAUGGUUGUGCCAACUGUGAGCCACUGAUGAUGUGUGUGGCAGAGCAGGGGUAACAGAGCUAAAGCACUAAUUUUUAGAAAUUUGCUGAAAUGGUUGGAUUCCUGUUUGUGGGUUGUGUCUGUGGGGAAGGGAAAUAUACCUUUGGCUUUACUUUGCAUAAAAUUAUUUCAAAUUCAGCCAAAAUGGCACGUGUAACUCUCUGUAUCAUGGAAUCUUUGAAGGAAAUGGGGGAAAACUGGCACUUUUAAGACUUGUAUUUUUUUUUCAUCUCUAUGUUUUCUAUUUAUUUAAAACUACAUACCACUGAUAAAGGUCAAAGUUUCCAUUA